CGGUUCAGUGGGUACAAUGGAUUUCGAUGAAGUACUUAAGGAGGUGGGCGCUUUCGGCCUGUAUCAGAAGAUUAUCAUAUGCUCGGUACUGCUGCCGGCGGCAUUGCCGUGCGCCUUUCACGCCUACAGUCAGUUGUUUAUUGCAGCCACGCCGAAGCACUGGUGCCGCAUCCCGGAGCUAGAGCCAUGGACACAGGACUAUAUACAGCUCGUCAAGAACUUAAGUAUUCCACGGGACGGGAACGGCGCAUACGCUGAAUGUGCCAUGUUUGUCCGCAACUACAGUGAAAUAGUGCGUUAUCUGGAGUACCGUACGCCGUAUGAGCUGCAAAAGGAGCAGGCGUCAAAGCUGUUAAAGGUAGAUCAGGAGUCUGUUGUGGCCUGUCAGCAUGGCUGGCAUUACGAUAGAUCCAUGUAUCCCAGCACGGUUGUUCAAGAGUGGAACUUGGUCUGCGAUAGGAGCUUCUACGUGACCCUGGCCUUAGUGCUCUUCGGCGUGGGUGGUCUGGUUGGAAACUAUGUGUUUGGCUAUCUGGUCGAUCUGUGGGGUCGACGUCCCUCCUUCUACGCUUAUCUCCUGCUCGAAAUAGUGGCCUGUGCGGCCAGCGCCUUUGCCUGGAACUACUAUUCCUGGCUGGGUCUUCGUUUUGUCGUGGGUCUCACCGUACCCGCCAUCUUGGCCAGUCCCUACGUCCUGGCAAUCGAGCUCGUGGGACCGGAGCGUCGAGUAUUCUGCACAAUUGUGUCCAACAUUGCCUAUUCUCUAGGCCUGGUCCUGCUCGCGGGCGUGGUCUACUUGGUGCGUGACUGGCGAUACCUGACCCUGGCCGUAUCGCUGCCGCUGCUGAUGCUCUUCUCCUGCUUUUUCGUGCUGCCCGAGUCGCCACGUUGGCUGCUAGCCGUGGGCCAGACAAAGCGGGCAGUGAGAAUCCUCAAGGUCAUGGCUCGUGUCAACGGAAUGCAUGUCUCACGGGACUUUGUGGAGCGGCUGCAGCAACGACUAAGCCGGACGCAGCCCACGGAAACAACGCACUACGGCAUUUUGGACCUCUUCCGCGGCACAAAUAUGCGACGCAAGACGCUCAUCGUGACCCUGAUCUGGUUCGCCAACACCAGCGUCUACGUGGGCCUCAGCUACUAUGCCCCGGCGCUGGGUGGCGACGAGAUCUGGAAUUUCUUUCUGGCCGGUGCGGUGGAGCUGCCCACGUACCUGCUGAUCUGGCCUGGCCUUAGCUACUUCGGACGGCGUUGGAUUCUCUUCAUUUCCAUGCUGGUUGGCGGAGUGGCCUGUGUGGCCACCGUGCUGUAUCAGCAGCAGGCGGAGGUGAUGCUGCUCCUCUACUGCAUUGGCAAAAUGGGCAUCUCAUCGGCGUUCGUAGUGCUGCCCCUGCUCGCCUCCGAGCUGUACCCGACCGUGGUGCGUGGCCUGGGCAUGAGCUUCAGCUCCGUGGUGGCCAUGACGGGGCCAAUAAUUAUACCGGUAAUUAAUCACAUGGGCCAGCAGAUGCUGGUGCUGCCCCUGAUUGUGAUGGGGGCGCUGUUGAUUGUCGGUGGCUUUGCCAGUCUCUUCCUGCCCGAAACGCGUGGUAGGAAUCUGCCACAGACUCUGGAGGAAGGCGAAGCGGUUCCGCUCAGUUUUCUGCUCUGCUGCUGCGCAGAUUCGGAGCCGAAGGGUCGACAAAGAGGCCUGGGCAGGAGCCGGAUGAUUCCUGAAGAAGCUGCAACGGUUUACCACAGAGUCGGUGUUGGAGGUCCUGCAUCCUGCAAAAUCGUUUGCAGUAUUUGUAAAAAAGAAAUGCGAACAUUGUAAUAAAUA